GGAUUAUAAGUCUAGGCAUCUCACCUUGUCACUUCAUUCAAACCCUGGACUUAAAUCACUGAGGACUUUAUCCACACAUCACAAACGGGAUGUAUUCAGAGCUUGAGUGCGGAAUUUGUUACCGGACCUAUAACGCAGGUCGGCGGUGUCCCCGGGAGCUCCAGUGCAAACACAGCUUCUGUGAGAGCUGCCUUCUGGCCCUCUCACGACCCCUGGGAACCGAGGAGGCGCGUCAAGGAGCGGAUAGGUCAAUCAUGUGCCCGCUGUGCCGACAAACCACAUCCAUCAGCGGAGAGAGGCAGAUGAGAGCCGAGCUGAGGGUGGAUGAGUGCGUCCUGGAGAGGCUGCUCGCCGCGGGAGUCCUCGAUCACCGAGAGGACCCCGAAGAAGCAGAGGACGGUCAAGUUCAAGACGGCUGUGACGAGGAGGAGAGGGAGGGGGCGCGUCCGGAGACUCAAGCCGAGGAGAGCGACUCGCUCGCCGGGUCCAGAGGUGGGAGGCUCCGGAGGACUUGGAGGAAAGUUUGGCGGAAGAUCAGCGGGAAGAGCUCAAGGCAGAGGGGCGGAGAAAACUGUAUGACCAGUGAAGACAUCAGGAACCUCGCCAUGAUGUCCUGCUACAUGUUUUGAACGGAGUCUACAGCUUCAUAUACCCUGGACAAUGUGAUAUUUAUUCCCAACAUGGACUUGAUGAUGCUGAUGAUACCUUCAUCUGUGAUUAAAGUGACCACUAUGUAGCUGACAUGGUCAAGUGAGACUUCUCAUUUGAAGCCUAUAAAUGCACAAAUGUAUAUUUAUUUGUUUUAGGAUUGUAUUUAUUGUGAUAUAUUUGUUACAUAUUUAAGAAAAAAUAAAUCAAAUAAUAAUAAUAAUAAAGGAGCUUUUGGUUUAAAUUCA